AUCACUGUCUAGCAAUCAUUUGAGAGAUUAAGCUUUUGGCUUAUCAAAGAUGGUGACAAAAAGGCAUUUAUAUCAAUCAACGCACGCAUUUGGUGGUUAUUCAUUUGAGGCUAUUUCUGGCAGCUCAUGGAAAAGGGCAGAAAGUUUACUUAUCAGGAAUGGAACUAUGACUUUGAAUUUUGUGGACAAUCCACGUGUGAUUCAGGAGAGAGGUCCCUCUGUGAACCUUAGGAUAAAAUCAAGAGAAGCUACAUUAUCUGAUUGCACAUGCUUUUUGAGGCCUGGCAUUGAUAUAUGUGUUCUUUCACCCUCCCAAAAUGAAGAGAGUUUGGAUAAAGAAAUACAAGAACCUGAUUGGAUUGAUGGUAGAAUAAGUUCCAUUGAGAGGAAGCCUCAUGAAUCUGGAUGCUCAUGCCAGUUUUAUGUUAACUUCUAUACCAACCAAGGUUCUCUUGGUGCAGUGAGAGAAACACUAAGCAAAGAGAUUACCGCAAUUGGAAUUGAUCAGAUUUUCAUCCUUCAAAAGCUCGGUUUGAACCCUUGUGAAGAUAAGCACUACAGAUGGGAGUCCUCUGAGGACUGCCCUUCAAGGCAAAAAACUAAACUGCUUUUAGGGAAGAUUUUAAAUGAUCUUUCAUGGUUACUCGUUACCUCUUCUUUAAAGAGAGUUUCAUUCGAUGUAAGAUCAGUGCAAAAUAAACUUGUAUAUCAAAUUUUGCGAGGUGUUGAAGAAGACACUUCAUCAAGUUCUCAUAGUAAUCUACAUGCUGUGAACUUUAGAGUGGACAACGGUGUUUUGCUACCUAUUGUCAUUCAAUUCCUCCCUGAUGACUCUAACAUGAUAGUUCCUAAAUGUGACAUAGAUGAAGCUGGACCAUCACCAUUUUCCGACUCUAUAGGCUUGCGUCGUUCCAAACGUCGAAACGUACAACCUGAGCGUUUUCUUGGCUGUGAUAGCGGGUCAGAGAUAGAUAUUGGCUAUGUCCGUUCAAGGCCAUACAGGGUAGACAGAGGAGAAGAUGAUGAAAUGAAUUUGCCAUUAUCAUGCCUUUUUGGUGUUAAGGCAAUUUGUGACAAGCCGCAUACUGACAAACCGCAUACUGUCCAAGGAAAAAAGAGAGGUCGUCCUCGCAAAAUAGAUUUCUGUGUGAAUCAAAGAGAAAGCGAGAUCACAGAGAGGAAGGAGAAAUCAAGUGGGAAAAGGCGCAAAGAAGAUCAAUGUGAGCUAGCUAUUGUGCCUUUUACAGAACAAACCGAUCCGCUUUCCUUUGAGUACUACCAAUUCCAAGCCAGGAAUCCUCCAGAUCAUGAAAAAGAGCUUGAUGAAAUUUCUCCCGAGCUUUUUUACAUUAACAGCAGCGCAAAAGUAAAGAAAAAGAGUAGUUACGAUUCAGAAGAUUUGGAUAUAGACACUACAUGGGAAACAAGAUCAUUCAAGAAAAAGCCGGUAUCGAAGAAAAGGUCACAUUUUGUGCGAUUUAAGAGUUCAAGUGGAGAAAGAAUUUAUCAGAAACGGUCCUUAAGUGCAGGCGCAUACACCGAACUGAUAAACGAAUACCUCCAAAACAUUGAUUGCACUGGCAAGGAAGAGCCCCCUAUCACUGAGCAGUGGAAAGAGAAUAAAAAAACAACAGACAACUUGUAUCCAAGUAACACUGAAGUACCACUAGAAGAGGAAGAGGAAGAGAUGUCAGAGAUUGACAUGUUGUGGAAAGAAAUGGAACUAGCCUUGGCAUCAAUUUAUGUGCUUGAUGAAAAUGAGGGUUCAAAUGGUGUGUCGAGUGCAAAGGCAAAAGCGUCGAAUGGAGGUUGCCUACAUGACUACAAAGUGGAUGAAGAGCUCGGUGUUUUGUGCGUUAUAUGUGGCUUUGUUUUGACUGAGAUAAAAGAUGUUUCACCACCCUUUGUGCAACAAACAAACUGGAAUUCAGAUGAUAAAAACUUCAAUGAAGAGGAUUUGGAUCAUGGUCCAGAUGGUGAUGCUAAGUUGGAUUUUAAGAAUAACCCGGACUCUCCAGAUGAUCCUCUAACAGAAGGACAAGAGAAUGUUUGGGCCUUAAUUCCUGAAGUAAGAAGGAAACUGCACCUUCAUCAGAAAAAAGCUUUUGAGUUUCUGUGGCAAAAUAUUGCAGGAUCUUUGGAACCAGAUCUAAUGGAAAAAAGUUCCAAGAAAACAGGUGGUUGUGUUAUUUCUCACUCUCCUGGAGCUGGGAAAACUUUUCUGAUCAUAGCAUUCCUUUCCAGUUACCUCAAGCUAUUCCCCGGAACAAGACCAUUGGUCCUUGCUCCAAAGACAACACUCUAUACCUGGUACAAAGAAUUUAUCAAGUGGAAAAUUCCUGUACCGGUUUAUUUAAUUCACGGUCGGAGAACCUACAGAGUGUUCAGGAAGAAAUCCGUGGUCUUUCCAGGGGCCCCAAUGCCGACAGAUGAUGUCAGGCAUAUAUUGGAUUGCCUAGAGAAAAUACAGAAGUGGCAUUCACAUCCGAGUGUUCUUGUUAUGGGAUACACUUCGUUUCUCGCAUUGAUGCGAGAAAACUCCAAGUUUGCACACAGGAAAUUCAUGGCUAAAGUUUUGAGAGAAAGUCCAGGGAUCUUGGUGCUAGAUGAGGGGCAUAACCCCAGAAGUACCAAAUCAAGGCUGAGGAAGGUCUUGAUGAAAGUCGAGACGGAGCUAAGAAUAUUGCUUUCUGGGACAUUGUUUCAGAACAACUUCUGUGAAUAUUUCAAUACCCUUUGUUUGGCAAGACCAAAGUUUAUCAAUGAGGUGUUGAAGGCAUUAGAUCCCAAGUACAAGAGGAAAAAGAAGAAACUGGCGGAGAAGGCACGCAAUCUGAUGGAAGCACGAGCGAGAAAGUUCUUCUUAGAUACCAUCGCGAGGAAGAUCGAUUCGAAUGUAGGAAAGGAGAGGAUGAAGGGCCUUAACAUGUUGAGAAAGAUUACCAAUGGAUUUAUAGAUGUGUAUGAAAGUGGGGGCUCUGACUCACUUCCUGGCCUACAAAUCUACACCUUGUUGAUGAACUCGACGGAUAAGCAGCAUGAUAUUUUGGUAAAACUGCAUCAGAUAAUGUCAACAUACAAUGGUUAUCCCCUGGAACUAGAGCUUUUGAUAACUCUAGGGUCAAUUCAUCCUUGGUUGGUCAAAACUUCCCUAUGUGCUAACAAAUUCUUCAGCGAUGAAGAGCUAAUGGAACUUGACAAGUACAAGUAUGACUUGAAAAGAGGUUCCAAAGUGAAAUUUGUUCUGAAUCUUGUUUAUCGUGUUGUCAAGACGGAGAAGAUAUUGAUCUUUUGUCACAACAUUGCGCCUGUUAGACUGUUCCAAGAGCUGUUUGAGCAUGUCUUUGGUUGGCAAAGGGGUAGAGAAGUUUUAGCCCUCACGGGGGACCUUGAAUUGUUUGAACGAGGAAGAGUGAUGGAUAAAUUCGAGGAACCAGGAGGGGCCGCGAGGGUUUUGCUUGCUUCAAUCACGGCUUGUGCUGAAGGAAUUAGUCUAACAGCCGCGUCUCGGGUUAUCAUGUUGGACUCAGAGUGGAACCCUUCCAAGACCAAGCAGGCCAUAGCAAGAGCUUUUAGGCCUGGUCAGCAAAAAGUGGUUUAUGUGUACCAACUCCUGGCAACAGGCACACUUGAAGAAGACAAGUACCGAAGAACAACUUGGAAGGAAUGGGUGUCAAGCAUGAUUUUCAGUGAGGCUUUUGUGGAGGACCCUUCUAGGUGGCAAGCGGAAAAGAUAGAGGACGACAUUCUGCGAGAGAUCGUGGAGGAGGACCGGACUAAAUCCUUCCACAUGAUCAUGAAAAAUGAGAAAGCUUCAACAGUGAUCAGAGGUAAAGACUAACCUUAUGACAUGACACAAGUCGUGUUACAAAGUGUCUUACGUUUGGAUUUCUCCGACUCUCACUCUCAUUCUCUCUCUUAUAUAUGCAUGUCCUUAGUCUUGAUCUCCAUCCCUUUCUGAAACGUUUGGUAAGAGGACCGUUUUCUGGCUAAUUUUCAAGCUGAUUAUUCAUGUUCUUAAAAGGGUUAUACGUGACUUUUGGACCUUUUUGGUAUGACCAUUAUGAUGAUCAGCUGCAGUUAUUUUAUCAACAGUUCAUAUAUGUCAAACUUGGUUGCUCUCUCUAAAUAUUGAGGAGUGUUCUGAACCUUGUAUGAAAAUUAGGACCAAUGACAGUCAUCGAGAUUAUCUGCUUGUUUGGUUCAUAAGUUUGAACAGAAGUUCAAAUUUUUAUGAGAGAAAACACUGUAACAAAAAAGUUUGAGUUGUGGUUCAAAUUGCGAACUUUUCUUUACCAAUUGGUGUGAGUUAUUCUUUGGCAAGGUGGCAUGAGAACACCUUAUCGAAGUAAAAUGUUGAUGAACCGUCUGAUUUACAUCAGAUUAUGAAAACACCUUACAAUAGUAAAUGUUUAUUGUAUGAAGAAACUAGGGAUGAUUUUGUUGUAAGAGGAUUGAAACAUCACCAAUGGGAAACACAAAAGUUGUUGUACUUAUUAUUAUUAUUAUUUUUUUCGUUGAGUUACCCUAGGUGCUAAAUUUAAGUAAGAUCAACUUCUGUUAAUGGAAAAUG